AUGGCAAGAUCGUCAGCGGCAAGUGGGUGUUUCCCAACGGCACCUUCUACUGCGGCAAGUUCAGGUACAAUAAGCCCUACGGAAAGGGAGUAUGGGUCUUCAAGAAUGGAAACCAGCUUGCUGGCGAUUACCUGCAGAAGGCUAGCGAUUUGCACAGUGCAGCUGCCAGUCCACCAUAGCGAUUAG